AUGUCAACAGAGAUGUGUCUCUUCAAGCAUGAGAAGCUGGGCGUACUGGUUCUUAUCUAUGUGGACGACAUCCUGGAGAUGAGAUUGAUAUCCAAGUUCCUUGGACUCCGAAUUCGACGGAACCUUGAUACGAAUCGGGUGUUCAUUGACCAAGAGGAAUACGUCAAGAAGAUUGUGUCCAAGUACGGCGAGGAGACCACCAAGUACACGGGAACACCCUGGAAGACAGACACUGUGAUUCCGCCUUCCUGGGAAUCAGUUUCAGACGUUCUGAAGAAGCGUUAUCUCAAACAGACUGGUUCCCUCAACUACGCCUCCACUAAUACACGCCCUGACAUCGUGAAGACCGUCAGCACGUUGUGUGAGGCCAAUUCCAACCCUUGA